UAGCUCGAAAAAAUCUAUAAACUGAACAAUAAACCUCAAACACCGUUCCCAGUGAGUUCUUAUUUGUAAGUGUGAUUUUCUUGUUGGAUUGAAUUUUGUUUGUCUGUCUGUCUUGAUCUUUAACUAUUAGAUCUUUCAAUCCAUAUUCAUUACUUAAUCAUUAUAUUAUAUUGUUACAAGUGUAAUCUGUAUUAUCAGUCGCACUCAUUUCAAUAGAUUUCAUUCAACCUUUUACCUCAUAUCUAGUGUAUGGGAUUAUUACUGUUUUAUCUUAUUUCUCAAUCAGUAUAUCUUAUAAAACGUAAAUUUUACGAUAAAUCCAAACUAAAACUCAAAUAUAAUAAUAAUAUCAAUAUCAAUAUGGAAAAGCAAUCUAAUCUCGGAUCAAUAUCCAAUUCUGGUCCAAUCUCAAUCUUAUCUUAUUGUAUAUCAUCAAUUCUUAUGACUGUUACCAAUAAAUAUGUUUUGUCAGGUUUUUCAUUUAAUUUAAAUUUCUUCUUAUUGGCAGUUCAAUGUAUUGUUUGUAUUGUAACCAUUGGUUCUUUAAAAUCUUUUGGAAUUAUUACUUAUAGACAAUUUAAUUCUGAUGAAGCUAAAAAAUGGUCUCCAAUUGCUUUCUUAUUAGUUGCUAUGAUUUAUACUGCUUCAAAGGCUAUUCAAUAUUUAUCUAUUCCAGUUUAUACUAUCUUUAAGAAUUUAACUAUUAUUUUAAUUGCUUAUGGUGAAGUCUUAUGGUUUGGUGGUUCUGUUACUUCAAUGACUUUAGGUUCUUUCUUAUUAAUGGUUUUAUCUUCUGUUAUUGCUUGGUAUGGUGAUACUGCUAAUGCUUCAACUACUGCUACCCUUUAUGAAUUAUAUAUUGGUUACUUCUGGAUGUUUGUUAAUUGUUUUGCUUCUGCUGCCUUUGUUUUAUUCAUGAGAAAGAGAAUAAAGUUAACUAACUUUAAAGAUUUCGAUACUAUGUUCUACAAUAACUUAUUAUCAAUUCCAAUUCUUUUAAUUUCUUCUUUUAUUUUUGAAAAUUGGUCUGCUGAAAAUGUUGCCUUAAAUUUCCCAGAAGAUAAUAGAUUUGCUACAAUUGCUGCUAUGGUUUUAUCUGGUGCUUCAUCUGUUGGUAUUUCUUAUUGUUCAGCUUGGUGUGUUAGAGUUACUUCUUCUACUACUUAUUCUAUGGUUGGUGCUUUAAAUAAAUUACCAAUUGCUUUAUCUGGAUUAAUAUUCUUUGAAGCUGCUGUUAAUUUCUGGUCUGUUUCUUCUAUCUUUGUUGGUUUUAUUGCUGGUUUAGUUUAUGCUGUGGCCAAACAAAGACAACAAAAGCAAGCUUCCCAAUCAACUUUACCAUCUUCUAAGUAAGAUUCCAUUGCAUAGCUUCAUUGAAUCAAGUGAAUAGUUGAAUAAUAGACUUUCAAUGUCUUAUUUAUUUCUUUCUUCUUUCUUUCCUCUUUCUUUCUUAUCUCUACCAUCUAUUCUCACUUAACUAUAGAGUUUAAUACCUUAUUCCCAUAUUUUUUUAUUCUCCAUUCUCAUUAUCUAUUUUUAUCCUAAAUCAUCCUCCUCUACUUUAUUACACUCCUUUAUAUUAUAUUAUAUUAUAUUAUCUUAUAUCCUAUAUAGCUAUACAUUAUAUAAUUGUUUUUAUAAAUUCAUAUGCUUAAUAGUUAAUUGCUAAUAGUUAAUAGUUAA